AUGGGCAGCGCCAGCCCGGGCCUGAGCAGCACGGCCUCCGGCCGCCUGCUGCUGUCCGCCGACUCGGCGCUGAGGACCGGCCUGGACAAGGCAGCGGUGGGAGCACUGGGGCCCGAGAGACGGGACUGGAGCCCCAGCCCGCCUGCCACGCCCGAGCAGGGCCUAUCCGCCUUCUAUCUCUCGUACUUUGACAUGCUGUACCCGGAGGACAGCGGCUGGGAGGCCAAGGGCCCCGGGGCCGGCGCUCAGGAGGAGGCACCGGAGGAGCCUGAGCAGUGCCCUGUCAUCGACAGCCAGGCCCCGGGGGGCAGCCUGGACGUGGCCCCCGGCGGGCUGGCCCUGGAGGAGCACUCGCUGGAGCAGGUGCAGUCCAUGGUGGUGGGCGAAGUGCUCAAGGACAUCGAGACAGCCUGUAAGCUGCUCAGCAUCACCGCAGACCCCGUGGACUGGAGCCCUGGCAAUGUGCAGAAGUGGCUCCUGUGGACAGAACACCAGUACCGGCUGCCCCCCGUGGGCAAGGCCUUCCAGGAGCUGGCGGGCAAGGAGCUGUGUGCCAUGUCUGAGGAGCAGUUCCGCCAGCGCUCGCCCCUGGGGGGCGAACUGCUGCAUGCCCACCUGGACAUCUGGAAGUCAGCGGCCUGGAUGCAAGAGAGGACCUUGCCUGGGGCAAUUCACUACUGUGCCUCCACCAGCGAGGAGAGCUGGACCGACAGUGAGGUGGACUCAUCUUGCCCUGGGCAGCCCAUCCACCUGUGGCAGUUCCUGAAGGAGCUGCUGCUCAAGCCCCACAGUUACGGCCGCUUCAUCCGGUGGCUCAACAAAGAGAAGGGCAUCUUCAAAAUCGAGGACUCGGCCCAGGUGGCCCGGCUGUGGGGCAUCCGGAAGAACCGGCCCGCCAUGAACUACGACAAGCUGAGCCGCUCCAUCCGCCAGUAUUACAAGAAGGGCAUCAUCAGGAAGCCGGAUGUCUCCCAGCGCCUGGUCUACCAGUUUGUGCACCCCAUCUGA